CUCCUCCCCGCCCCGAGCCCCUGUCCGCUCGUCCUUCCUUCCCCUCCCGUGCAUGAUGGAAACACCAUGGCUGCGGCGGCCCAGCUCUCCCUGACACAGUUAUCAAGUGGAAAUCCUCUUUAUGAAAAAUACUAUAGACAGGUUGAUACGGGCAAUACUGGAAGGGUAUUGGCUUCUGAUGCUGCUGUAUUCCUAAAAAAAUCAGGACUUCCAGACCUGAUACUCGGAAAGAUCUGGGAUUUAGCUGACACAGAUGGGAAAGGUAUCCUGAACAAACAAGAAUUCUUUGUUGCUUUGCGUCUUGUGGCAUGUGCCCAGAAUGGAUUGGAGGUUUCCCUAAGUAGUUUGAACCUGGCUGUUCCUCCACCAAGAUUUCAUGAUACCAGUAGUCCUUUGCUAAUCAGUGGAACCUCUGCAGCUGAGCUCCCAUGGGCUGUGAAACCUGAAGAUAAGGCCAAAUAUGAUGCAAUUUUUGAUAGUUUAUGCCCAGUGAAUGGAUUUCUGUCUGGUGAUAAAGUGAAACCAGUGUUGCUCAACUCUAAGUUACCUGUGGAUAUUCUUGGAAGAGUUUGGGAAUUGAGUGAUAUUGACCAUGAUGGAAUGCUUGACAGAGAUGAGUUUGCCGUUGCCAUGUUUUUGGUAUACUGCGCACUGGAGAAAGAACCUGUGCCAAUGUCCUUGCCUCCAGCCUUGGUGCCACCUUCUAAGAGGAAAACGGUCAGUAUAUCAGGCCCUAUGCGGUUGAUCCCCUCUUCAGCAUCAGCCAAGGAAUCUUACCACUCCUUCCUACCAGUAGGCAUUUUACCUACCAAAGCACCGUUAAGACAGUGGAUUGUAUCCCCUGCAGAAAAAGCUAAAUAUGAUGAAAUCUUCUUGAAAACUGAUAAAGAUAUGGAUGGAUUUGUGUCAGGAUUGGAAGUCCGUGAAAUCUUCCUGAAGACAGGCUUACCUUCUGCCUUACUAGCCCAUAUUUGGGCAUUAUGUGACACAAAGAACUGUGGGAAGCUUUCAAAAGAUCAAUUUGCCUUGGCUUUUCACUUAAUCAAUCAGAAGUUAAUAAAGGGCAUUGAUCCUCCUCACAAUCUUACUCCUGAGAUGAUCCCGCCAUCAGAUAGGGCCACUUUACAAAAGAACAUCAUAGGAUCAAGUUCUGUUGCAGAUUUCUCUGCCAUUAAGGAGCUAGAUACCCUUAACAAUGAAAUAGUUGACCUACAGAGGGAAAAGAAUAAUGUGGAACAGGACCUUAAGGAGAAAGAAGAUGCUGUUAAACAGAGAACAAGUGAGGUUCAGGAUCUUCAAGAUGAAGUGCAAAGGGAGAAUACUAAUCUGCAAAAACUACAGGCCCAGAAACAGCAAGUACAGGAACUCCUUGAUGGGCUGGAUGAGCAGAAAGCCCAGCUGGAGGAGCAACUGCAGGAAGUCAGAAAGAAGUGUGCUGAGGAGGCCCAGCUGAUUUCAUCCCUGAAAGCUGAACUAACUAGUCAAGAAUCACAGAUCUCCACUUAUGAAGAAGAGCUGGCCAAAGCUAGAGAAGAGCUGAGUCGCCUACAACAAGAAACAGCAGAGUUGGAAGAGAGUGUGGAGUCAGGGAAGGCUCAGCUGGGACCUCUUCAGCAGCACCUGCAAGAUUCACAGCAGGAAAUCAGUUCAAUGCAAAUGAAACUUGUGGAAAUGAAAGAGUUGGAAAACCAUAGUAAUCAAUUAAAUUGGUGCAGUAGUCCACACAGCAUUCUUGUAAAUGGUGCUACAGAUUAUUGCAGCCUCAGUACCAGCAGCAGUGAAACAGCCAAUCUUAAUGAGCACACCGAAGGCCAGAGCAACCUAGAGUCUGAGCCCAUACACCAGGAGUCUCCAGCAAGAAGUAGUCCUGAAAUACUGCCUUCUUGUGUGACUGAUGAAAAUGAAGAGAUCACUGUAGCUGUUAAUGAAAAAGUUUGUCCUGAAUUUAAUAGUGACAAACGUUCAAAAGAGGAAGAUCCAUUUAAUGUAGAAACAAGUUCACUGACAAAUCCAGUUGCAGAUUCAAACUUGGAUUUUUUCCAGUCUGAUCCUUUUGUUGGCAGUGAUCCUUUCAAGGAUGAUCCUUUUGGGAAAAUUGAUCCAUUCGGUGGUGAUCCUUUCAAAGGGUCAGAUCCAUUUGCAUCUGACUGCUUCUUCAAGCAGUCUUCUACUGAUCCUUUUGCCACUUCAAGUACUGACCCUUUCAGUGCAGCCAGCGAUAGCAGUAAUACAUCGGUAGAAACAUUAAAGCACAAUGAUCCUUUUGCUCCUGGUGGAACAGUUGUUGUUGCAGCAAGCGAUUCAGCCACGGACCCCUUUGCUUCUGUUUUUGGAAGUGAAUCAUUUGAAGAUGGAUUUGCUGAUUUUAGCACAUUGUCAAAGGUCAACAAUGAAGAUAUUUCUUUCCAAACAAAGGUCAACAAUGAAGAUCCUUUUAGUUCAGCCACAUCAAGCUCCAUCAGCAGUGUGGCCAUUACAAAAAAUAUGCUUGAGGAAACAUCCGUCAAAAAUGAAGAUGUACCCCCAGCACUGCCACCAAAGAUAGGAACUCCAACAAGACCCUGCCCACCACCACCUGGGAAAAGACCCAUCAACAAAAUGGAUUCUUCUGAUCCCUUUAAACUGAAUGAUCCAUUUCAGCCUUUCCCAGGCAAUGAUAGCCCCAAAGAAAAAGAUCCUGAUAUGUUUUGUGAUCCAUUCACUUCUACUACUACCACUACCAAUAAAGAGGCUGACCCAAGCAAUUUUGCUAACUUCAGUGCUUAUCCCUCUGAGGAAGAUAUGAUUGAGUGGGCCAAGAGAGAAAGUGAGAGAGAGGAAGAGCAGAGACUUGCCCGACUGAAUCAGCAAGAGCAAGAAGACUUAGAACUGGCUAUUGCACUCAGCAAAUCUGAAAUAUCAGAAGCAUGAAGAAAUCUCCUGUUCUUCGUCAACCACACAACACUCUCCUUCUUGAAUACUGAAGCUAUUUACAAUGUAUAUCAAACCUACCUGUGAGCAUGGGAAUACAAAAGGUUUGAGAUUCCUGUAAAUGUGACAAAAGUUUUGACUUUUUAAACUCCAUUUCAGAUUUGUCUUUUUUUUUCCCCCCGUGCAAGUGGUAACCCAGAUGACUUCACCUAGGCCCCUGCUCUGGUGUGCAUUUAGUGUGAGCUGUUGCCUGCCUGUGCCUCUCUUACUUGUAAAGCUAGAGCACCCAAGUUUCUGCUUUCUGGAAUAUAGAGAAAUAGUUUCACCCCUAUGCUACCCUUAUUCUGUAGUUACUCUAAUGAUAGCCAGUGGGGUUCUUAAAGUUGGCAGUAUUCUCCCCUAAUUUAAAUGGUUGAAAGAGGGGAAGGGAAAGAACAUCCUAUUUCUUUUAUGAUAGAGCAAAUUGGCCAGUUUAAAGUACAUGUUUGUAUUUCCUUUUAAUCAAAAUACUGUUCAAUUUGUUUUUUAUAGACAAGAAAAAAUAUUUUGCAUACAUUGACUCCCACUGUUGAAAACAGGAUGUUUUAGAUGGAACCAUUAGAGCUUCAGACUCAGUCUUUUCCUAAAUAAAAACAUUAAAGCCUCAUGUCUGAAAUAAAUUAAAAAAAUUUUUUUCUGGAUUUAAAGAAUUUUAGAUAAACAGAUACCUCUC